GCGGGGAGCGCGGUGAAGGGGGGUGGGACCUGAACAUGGCGGCGGUGGUAGCUGCUACGGCGCUGAAGGGCCGGGGGGCGAGAAAUGCCCGCGUCCUCCAGGGGAUUCUCUCAGGAGCCACAGCGAACAAGGCUUCGCAGAACAGGCCCCGGGCGCUGCAAAGCCACAGCUCCCCGGAGUGCAAGGAGGAGCCGGAGCCCCUGUCCCCGGAGCUGGAAUACAUUCCCAGAAAAAGGGGCAAGAACCCCAUGAAAGCUGUGGGACUAGCCUGGGCCAUCGGCUUCCCCUGUGGUAUCCUCCUCUUCAUCCUCACCAAGCGGGAAGUGGACAAGGACCGUUUGAAGCAGAUGAAGGCUCGGCAGAACAUGCGGGCAUCCAACACGGGCGAGUAUGAGAGCCAGAGGUUCAGGGCCUCCUCCCAGCCCGCCCCAUCUCCUGAAGCUGGGUCCGGGCUGCAGGCCUGAGGAACGCUGCAGCCCUCUCCUAGACUGUCUUGACUGUGGCUUCCGGACUGUGGAGUCCUUUGGGUUUGGCCAUGAUUCUGGUCCUUGCCUCUGCAGUCCACCAGAGGGCGCGUGAAGCCCAGGCUGCUGCCAGUGCCUGCCCCUCCCCUCCAGAGAAGCCAGCCAAAGGCAAAUAAAGUUGAGUGUGUGAGUG